UUUUAGAGUAUUCUAGAAGGGAGUGAGCGGGCUGUUCCAGUUUGUACGGUGGCGCUGAUUCAUUCUGCCAUCUCCUGUUCCUGAGUGACUUUUUGUUCCUCCUAGUGGCAGAAGUUUAACCGCUAUGGCCGCUGUAAAGGCACUGAACCCCAAAGCCGAGGUUGCUCGGGCGCAGGCAGCCCUGGCGGUGAACAUCAGCGCUGCUCGGGGGCUGCAGGACGUGCUGAAGAGCAACCUGGGACCGAAAGGCACUAUGAAAAUGUUGGUUUCUGGGGCUGGAGACAUUAAACUUACCAAAGAUGGCAAUGUUCUACUUCAUGAAAUGCAAAUUCAACAUCCUACAGCUUCAUUGAUAGCCAAAGUAGCCACCGCACAGGAUGACAUCACUGGUGAUGGAACAACUUCUAAUGUCCUCAUUAUUGGGGAGCUACUUAAGCAAGCUGAUCUCUAUGUGUCAGAGGGUCUUCACCCACGUAUAAUUGCAGAGGGUUUUGAUGCAGCAAAAGAGAAAUCACUUGAGGUUUUAGAGCAGGUAAAAGUGUCCAAGGAAAUGGAUAGAGAUACCCUUGUCAGUGUCGCAAGAACUUCACUUCGUACCAAAGUCCAUGCUCAGCUUGCAGACCUUCUGACUGAAGCUGUUGUAGAUGCUGUCCUUGCUAUUAGAAAGCCUAGUGAACCUAUUGAUCUGUAUAUGGUGGAAAUCAUGGAGAUGAAACAUAAAACAGAAAGUGACACGACUUUAAUUAAGGGCUUGGUGUUGGAUCAUGGGGCAAGACAUCCUGACAUGAAGAAAAGAGUGGAAGAUGCCUAUAUUCUUACUUGCAAUGUUUCUUUAGAAUAUGAAAAGACGGAAGUCAAUUCUGGAUUUUUCUACAAAAGUGCAGAUGAAAGAGAAAAACUUGUAAAAGCUGAGAGAAAAUUCAUUGAAGACCGUGUAAAAAAAAUUAUUGAGUUAAAAAAGGCAGUGUGUGGUGAUGCAGACAAAGGAUUUGUUGUUAUUAACCAAAAGGGCAUUGACCCUCUGUCUCUGGAUGCACUUGCAAAAGAAGGAAUAGUUGCACUGAGACGAGCCAAGAGAAGAAAUAUGGAAAGACUUACCUUGGCUUGUGGUGGCAUUGCUAUGAACUCGGUCGAUGACCUAACACCAGAAUGCUUGGGACAUGCUGGGCUUGUGUAUGAGUAUACUCUUGGUGAAGAAAAGUUUACAUUCAUUGAAAAGUGCAGCAACCCACUCUCUGUAACUCUGUUGGUCAAAGGUCCAAACAAGCACACAUUAACACAAAUAAAAGAUGCAAUACGAGAUGGCCUUCGUGCUGUAAAAAAUGCCAUUGAGGAUGGCAGUGUAAUUCCUGGAGCAGGAGCUUUUGAAGUUGCUGUGGCAGAUGCUCUUGUAAAGCACAAACCUUUGGUCAAAGGAAGAGCCCAGUUUGGAGUUCAAGCAUUUGCAGAUGCUUUGCUUGUUAUUCCAAAGGUUCUUGCACAAAACUCUGGGUAUGAUCCACAAGAAACUUUAGUGAAACUUCAAACAGAAGCCAAAGAGUCUGGUCAACUCAUUGGUGUGGAUCUAAGUACUGGCGAACCAAUGAAUGCUGCAGAAGCCGGAAUUUGGGACAACUACAGUGUCAAAAAGCAGUUACUUCACUCAUGCACGGUUAUUGCAAGCAACAUUCUCCUUGUUGAUGAAAUUAUGAGAGCUGGAAUGUCUUCACUUAAAGGCUAAACUCUGCAAGUACAGAAAAAUGACUGUUUGUAGUUGGAAAUGGCAUUUUAAGCACUUUGUGACAUUAAGCUGAAUCACAAUGGGGGAUUUGUCAAGCAGUGCUUGCCUAUGGAGGAGUGUAGUAUGAGUAACAUCUCAUUUAUCCCAUAUGAAAAAUGGUUGAGCCCACAGUUUUGAUAUCGGUAAUUUAUUUGAAUGAUGUUCUCCAUGAAUUAUAAUGUGAAAAAAAUAAAUAAAAAAAAAAGUGCCCUUUGUUUAUACCCAAUAAAAUUUUAGUUUGGUUCUGAAAA